AUGGGAGCCGAUGUGUGGGAAGAUGAAGAUGACGUCAAUUAUUUAGAUGAUGAGGACGACGACGACGACGACAACGAUGAAGAAGAAGAUGCUGAUAUUGAAGAUGUGGAAGAAGAAGACGAGGGCGAAGACGAUGAAGAAGAAGAAAACGAAAGCGGAGACAACGACGAUGAAGAAGAAGAAAACGAGAGCGGAGGCAACGACGAUGAAGAAGAAGAAAAUGAGAGCGGAGGCAACGACGAUGAGGAAGAAAAAAACGAGAGCGGAGACAACAACGACGAAGAUGAUUAA